AUGUGGGCCAAGGGGCUGUGGGCGCUGCUGGCCGCGCUGCGGGCGGGUUGGUGCCUGCUGCCGCAGGCCGGCUACCUGCACCCCGACGAGUUCUUCCAGUCGCCCGAGGUUAUGGCAGGAGAUAUUUUAAAUCUACAGGUCUAUUAUCCUUGGGAAUUCCUUUCCACCUCUCCUUGCAGAACAGUUGUUUUCCCAUUAAUGACAUCUGGAGUUACCUACUGGGUGAUCAAAUCUUUGCAGCAGCUGGGCUUAUGUUCAAGUUGCAUCAACAGCUACACCCUUCUGGUAUCACCUCGUCUUCUCUUUACAGUCUCUUCUUUCAUACUCGACUAUAGUGCUUAUCGAUUAGCGCCUUCCUGGGAAGCGGAUCCAUGGAAAGCGCUGCUCCUUCUUGCUGGAUCGUAUGUCACUCUGGUGUUCUAUACAAGAACCUUUACCAACACACUUGAAGGACUUCUCUUUGCUCUUCUGAUGGUAUUGGUUUCCUCAAGGAAGUCCAAUGGCAGCUUAGCAGUGCCUACAAGCAGCCCUCUUAUAGGUAUUAUAACGACUGCUGGGUUUUUCAACAGGCCAACCUUUUUGGCAUUUGCUCUAAUGCCCCUGCUUUAUUGGGCAGGUUUAAUUGUUGACUCUCAAAAGAGCAUUAAAACUGUCAUAAACCACUUCUUGAAGCUUGUCCUAUGUGCAUGUUUUACUGCCAUUGUUUUUGUAACAGCUGACACCUUCUAUUUUACUUCCACGGGCUUAGAUAAUCUCUACAGCAUUAGAAAGGGCAGCCCGUUUGAUGUGCUAGGUCAGUUAAAUGAAAAAAUUGUAGUAACCCCUUUCAAUUUUCUCAGAUAUAAUCUUAAUCCUCAUAAUCUUGCUCUGCACGGAAGUCACCCACGAGUCACGCAUUUUGCGGUCAAUGGAAUAAUGCUCUUUGGGAUCUUACAUAUUCUGGCCAUUGGUGCUGGCUUUAAAAUGUUAAAGGAAUAUAUGCAGCAUUUAAUACGGGCCAGAUCGCAUUGCCAGGGGUCAUCUGGGCUGUUAGUGCUUUCUGAGGGCAACCCAACAUUACUGCUGUUUUAUUUUGUUCCUUUGGCAUUGCUCUCCCUAUUCAGCCACCAAGAACCUCGCUUUCUCAUUCCUCUCAUCUUGCCAUUGGUCUUGUUCAGCACAUCACAGAACAGAGCUGUGAAGUGGAAACAUGUCAUUGUUAUUUUCAACGUUCUAGGGGCUUUGCUGUUUGGGUGCUUACACCAGGGAGGACUGAUACCAUGUUUAUUUCACUUGGAGCAACUUGUGCAUUCUCCAGAGUCCUCGAACCAUCCAAGACACUAUACUCUAUUGUUUGCUCACACCUACAUGCCUCCUAGGUCUCUGCUUAAUAUCAAGAAGAGCGACACAUAUAUAGAAGUUAUUGAUAUGGCUGGAUCUGAAGAAGAAACCCUCUGCCAGACAGUAGAGCAGCAAGCAAACAAUCUGACCUGCAAUAAUUGUCAUGUUUUUGUUAUCAUUCCCGGUACAGUCAGAGCCACAAUUACCAAGUGUGAUGUUUCAGUCAGAAAUGAGACUUUGAUAUUUCCACACUUAUCAAUGGAAGACCCACCACAAAUACCCUUGCUAUUCAGUGGGAAUUGGAGAAGUCAGUUAGGAUUAUACAUCCUUCAGCUAGACAGAAAUCAGAACAGCCGUUAG